CUUCCCGACACUUUUCUGUCUUAUCUUGUCAGAAUCUCUUACUACUCCUUGCAUUUCCUCCCUGUUUUGCCUAGCCGUCUCUCCGUCCGCCACUCCCCCACCCUAUUCUCGGCCUCAUAUCAACCUCCCUGUCCUCCUUCGGCGGAGAUAAUUCCCCGGGGACAAGCUUGCGCAUUCACCCUCCUCACAUUGUCACACAUGCAUACUGUGUCCUCUGCUCCUGACAAACAAAGUGCCGAGUUUACCAUUGGGUCGGGGGCAUAGUCACUUGAUCAGGCCUAAGGUACCGUCUCGUGAAACCUAGACCUAGGAAGAGCAUCGGUGUCUUCUCGGAUUCGCCUGCCUUUUGUGCUGCCUAUUAACUCGAUCGCAAGCGAUAAGUCGCCCACGUCGCCGCAAUGUUCUUCUCCCAACUACCCAUCCAUCUUCAGCGCGCUACCGAGCUACAGCAGGAGCCCCCUAAAGGUAAGCCGUAUAGCAUCGCCUUACCCGGCACGGAAAAGCCAGGGCGCUCUCCAGUCUAUCGGGCCUGGAACUCAGCAAAAGAGCUAGUGAACACUCUGGAUCCGAAGGUCGCCACUGCGCAUGAUAUAUUCGAGUCGACCGCCAAUAGAGUGCCCAAGAGUCACUGCUUGGGAUGGCGCCCGUUUGAUCCGGUGACCAAGGCUUACGGUCCGUAUCAAUGGUUGGAUUAUGAGACGGUUCAGAAGCGACGUACCGCCUUUGGUGCUGGUCUGGUCGAAUUGCAUCACAAACAUGACUGCCAUCGCUCCGGCCAGUAUGGUGUUGGUUUGUGGUCCCAGAACCGGCCAGAGUGGCAACUGACUGAUCUUGCCUGCAUGUCGCAAAGUCUGUACUCGGUCUCCAUCUAUGAUGUUCUCGCAGCAGACGCAACGGAGUAUAUCAUUAACCACGCCGAACUGCACUGUGUCGUGACCUCUUUGCCUCAUAUUCCGACCUUGCUCAGAUUAAAGCCGAUGCUACCUAGUUUGAAGAUCAUUGUCAGCAUGGAUCCUUUGGACGCAGGGGAACCAGCCGAUCUUUCUAAGCGCGCCAUUCUCGAAUCGGUUGCGGCUGGCUUAGAAGUGUCUAUCUAUACGAUUGAUGAAGUGGAAGAGCUUGGAACUCUGUCAAAGCGUACCUGCAAUCCCCCUAGCCCAUCCGAUAUUGUCACCAUCAACUAUACGUCUGGAACUACAGGUAAUCCAAAAGGAGUGGUUUUGACUCAUGAAAAUACCGUUGCAGCAACUUCAAGCGCCCUCGUCGUCACCACGCAAGCUCCUGGUGACACUUUAGCGUCCUAUCUUCCUCUAGCUCAUAUCUACGCUCGGUUGUCGGAGCAUGCAGCGUUCUGGGCGGGGGCUAGGAUCGGCUACUUCCAUGGAAAUAUGUUGGAGCUCGUCGAUGACCUCAAGGUCCUUAAGCCUACUGGAUUCAUGUCCGUUCCGAGACUGUUCAGUCGCUUCGGAAACGUCAUUCGCUCAGCCACUGUGGAUCACCCUGGCUUCAAAGGGGCUUUGUCGAGACAUGUUGUCGCCGCGAAGACUGCAAACCUGGAAAAUCCUGACCCCAGCAAAGCUACAAUAAAGCAUGCGUUGUAUGAUCGCAUCUGGUCGAGAAAGGUGUCGGCAGCGCUUGGUCUCGAGCGUACUAGAGUGAUGGUCUCUGGAUCUGCUCCUUUGGACCCGACCCUUCACCAGUUCUUGAGGGUUGCUACCGGCACUGAUAUUAUCCAGGGUUACGGGCUAACCGAAACCUACGCGAUUGCAUGCGCGCAGUCUCCCCGAGAUCUGACUGCUGGAAAUUGUGGGCGGCUCGCCCCAUGCAACGAAGCCUGCCUAGUCUCUCUUCCGGAUAUGGAUUACUCGGUCGAUGAUAAGCCUUUCCCCCGGGGUGAACUGCUACUGCGGGGGGGGAAUGUUUUCCGCGAAUACUACAAGAAUCCCGAGGAAACAUCCAAGGCGAUGACUGAGGAUGGAUGGUUCCGGACCGGCGAUGUUUGUACCAUUGACGAUAUGGGCCGGAUAGUCAUUAUUGACCGUCGCAAGAACGUCCUGAAGCUGGCACAAGGAGAAUACAUUUCCCCUGAGCGGCUAGAGGGCGUGUAUUUGUCUGAGCUGGGCUACUUUGCGCAGGGCUAUGUUCAUGGCGAUAGUGUGCAGACUUUCUUGGUGGGCAUUUUCGGCGUGCAACCUGAGUCAUAUGCUCCGUGGGCCAGCAAAGUGCUCCGCCGAAGCAUCGAGGCCACGGACAUUGAAAGCAUCAAAUCGACUUUGGACGAACCUCAAAUACGCCGCGCGGUGUUGCGAGAUCUGGACCGCGUUGCAAAAAAGCACAAACUUGCCGGGUAUGAGAAGAUCAAGAAUUGUGCACUAAUGCUUGACCCGUUCACGGUCGAGAACAAUUUACUGACGCCAACGCUGAAGCUGAAACGGCCCCCAGCUGUGAAGAAAUACCGCCAGCUCCUGGAUGACUUGUACACCAAAGCGUUAGCUGAGGAGGCCGCUCCUAAGGCCAAGCUUUAAAGAGGUAUUGACCUCAAGAUCUUUUUGUGUGGGGGACUUAGGGAGAAUAUGCUGGCCAGUCAACCUCCUGAAGCCACCGUGUAUAUACAUUUCCAGUCUUCUUCGAUUCUCCCUGUAAUUUAGCACUUUCGUGAUACUCGAAUCCAAGGCUGAGCCUUCGAGUACAGAUUUAAGGAUUGAUCGGGCUGGGCUGGAAUCUUCUUUCAUGUACACCACAGCAUAAACAGAGGG